AUGGGUGUUGUACUAAUUAUAUCGGCAGAAGACACUGUUGUCUUUGCAGUUCUAGCGAAGAGGCUUGCGGUUGCUCGGCUUGGGGAUUAUUUGGUUUUCAUUCAUGAGAACACGCUCAUAGGUGGUGUUGAGCUAGGUGAAGACUUCAACCUAUCGAUUCUGCCUUGGGUCCUUGAUGUUGUUUCGGCCUCCUCGGUCCUUACUAAGGUUGCUCUUGUCCUGCUGUGUAGGAGUUAG